GCGAGAGGGAAAGGGGUGGGUAACUGUCCCGUCCAAGAGAAGUGAGCCGACAGGGAAAGUUGGCGGUGGGAAUAUCACUCUUGAUCAACGCAAAUCCACGACAAGCUCAAGAAUAAUGGAGAUCGAGAAAGAAAUUAAAAAGAUAACCCUGGGCCAUGAGAUUGGAGCGGGUGCACCCUGUCUGAAAUGCAAGGACAAGUGUGAAGGUUUUGAUCUUCACUUCUGGAGAAAGAUCUGCAGAAACUGCAAGUGUGGCUUGGAGGACCACGACGUGCAGCUUGAGAGUGAGGAAGACAAGAAGGUGGGGAAGCUUUUCGAGGACACAAAGUACACAGGGCUCAUAGCCAAGCUAAAGAGAGAUGGUAUCCCGUCCUACAGGGGCAACCAGGUCACCAUCUGCAUCCCGUCGCCCACCAUCAGCUCCUCUACACCUUUCUCUGCGGGCACGUUUAUCCCCGGCUCCAGCCAAACCUACGGCCCAAGCGGUCAAUCUGCACAUGCCCCACCUGCUGCUGCCACAGCGGCCCAAGGGGCUGGAGGUCACGUUCCUUCUGGUCCAGGAGCGGGGCAUAUUACUGCUCCAGGUGCUGGAGGCAACUUUUCUUCUGCCCCAAAAGCAGGGCAUACGGCUGCCCCAGGAGCAGGACAUACUACUGCUCCGGGUGCUGGAGCUCACUUCCCUUCUGCCCCAGGAGCAGGGCAUACGGCUUCUCCAGGAGCAAGACCUACUGCUAUCCCAGGGGCUGGAGCUCACAUCCCUUCAGCCCCUGGAACAGGUCAUACUGUUGUCUCUUCUUCUAAAUUCCCUGGUGCGGGCACUGCUGGGGUGGCAACUCCCACCCCAGUGCCUGCCAAAACUAAUGUGGUCAAAUCCAUCACCUACGAAUGGGCUCCACCUGGAAUCAACCAAAGCUUGGCUCUCCGCUACAUGGAGCUUCUGCCUCCUGAACGCCGGCCCAUCGCUGGUACGGCAGGAGCAGACUACCGUAAGAAGCAAAUGGCCAAGCAGCUUCCAGAACAUGACCAAGAUCCCGAACGCUGCCAUGAACUCUCGCCUGCCGAGGUCAAGCAAAUGCAGCAGUUUGUCCGCAAGUACAAGGACGAAGCGCUUGGCAUAGGCGACAUUACCCUCCCAGAAGAGAUAGGAACACAAGCAAGCCUGGAUGGUGAUAAGGGACCUCAAGGUCUGGGUGUCGGAGCCAAGCCUGGUGCUGGAACACCAGGAAGACCAGGAGCUGAUUUAGCACCAGGAGACAAAGGUGAUGCUAUUGCUACCAUGGGAAGAGUUGGCGCCCCAGGGGCUGCUGGGACCUCACCAAGUGGACCUUCUGGUAACUAUUCUUGCCACCGAUGCCAGCAGCCCAUGAAGAAGGGCGAGCCAGCUGUGUACGCCGAGCGGGCGGGCUACGAUAAACUCUGGCACCCGGGGUGCUUUGUUUGCUGUACUUGCACUGAGCUGUUGGUGGAUAUGAUCUAUUUUUGGAAGAAGGGCCAGCUGUACUGCGGCCGCCAUUAUGGAGACAGUGAGAAGCCACGAUGCGCAGGUUGUGAUGAGCUCAUCUUCAGUAAUGAAUACACCCAGGCUGAGGGUCUUAACUGGCACCUGAAGCACUUCUGCUGUUUUGACUGUGACUGUGUGUUGGCCGGAGAGACCUACGUCAUGGAGAAGGAGAAGCCUGUCUGCAAACCCUGCUACAUGAAGAAUCAUGCUGUGUGUUGUACGGCCUGUCAGAAUCCGAUUGAACCUGAAGCUCAACGCGUGUCGUACGGAGAGCACACCUGGCACGCCGAGCCCCUGUGCUUCCAAUGUUCCUGUUGUUCCAAGUGCCUGAUAGGCCAGCGCUUCAUGGCUGUGCAGGGCAUGCUGCUUUGCUCCGUGGAGUGCAAGAAGAAGAUCAUGGCCUCAUGAAAAAGCUCGACAGUGCCUAGAGCUCUAAAUGAGACAAGCUACUGUAACACACCAGUAUAUAAUGCAAUAACUGAAAAAAAUGUAUGUAUUUGUAUGACCAUCAUUUCUGUUCUUUCAAUAAUUCAGUGGAGCAGCUACCAAUGACCCAACCAAUCAAGUAUUAGCUUUUUUUAGAUAAAAUACCAAUGUCUUCAUUAAAGGAACAGUUCAACCUAAAUGGACAUUUUCAACUUCAUGUCAUUUAUAUGUCUGUCUUGUGUUAUUUGGAAUGUAGAUGUUUUUUUUAUUUGUUGAUCUUUCCGUGCAAUUACAGUGAAUGGGGACUGGAGCUUCCUCUAAAGAAGCAAAGAAGAAUCUUGCUUUGUUUUUCUGACAGCAUAUGAACCAGAUUAUUGAGUUAAUAAGUUUGUUGCCCAAACCUAUCAAAUGACCUAGAUAUGAAAUACUAUUCAUGCUUCACACCCUUUUAGAGACCUUAAAGUCCCCAUGAAAUCAAACAGGAAAGUUCUAAGUGUUUUACACAGAGUUGCAGUGAAUAUUAUAUAUGAUUUAUCCGUGCACAGCAUUAUUUUUUCAAAAUGAAUUUGCACUUGUAAUCUUUUAUCAAAAACAGUAAUCUCCUCUUCUCAACAACUCUUCACCACAUGAUGUAAGCAACAGAAAGGGGUAGGACUAUAUUGACUGUCCAAUGGCCAGGCAUUUUUAGCCCUCCCCUCCAGACCCAACUUACAACAAACCAAUCACAAAGGGAAGGGCAAAAUAAAGCCCCGCCCUUACAUGUAUUUUUUUCAAAUUUCAGAAGCCGUUUCACUUGGAUAUACGUCACGAUACGGAAAACCAGUCAAUCGCAACUUCCGUCUCUGGUGACUUUAAAAGUUCCAGUCCCCAUUCAUUGCCAUUGUAAGGAUGAGAGACACCUAAACAUAUAAUUUCUUGUUUUGUUAUCCACAGAAAGGUCUGGAUAACAUGAAGGUGAAUAAAUGAUUUCAGAAUUGGAUUUUAUUUGGGUUAACUAUGCCUUUAAGAAUUUAGUAAUUCAUUUAGUAAGCUGAAGUUACUGAAAAAACGUCCCAGUUCUGUUUUAACGUAUAAAAUUGCACUUUAUUUUCCCCGUAGCUUUCACUAAUUAACUCAAUAAAUUCUUUG